CAAAUCUUUGGGGUAAAAAAUGUGAAUUUACUCAUGAACUACCUCCAUUUCCAAUCAAUUUAUCGAUCUUCAAUGACUCAAAAUGCUUGGGAAUCAAGAUAUGAGGUGACAGUGUUCGUGGAAGACACAGAGUUUUGAUGGAGGCCCAUGCAUCAGGGUAUCGGAGUCCAUCGGGCUCGCAAUCAGAUGAUCCACCUUCAUCAUGUAGAAGACAUUCCACCAAGAGAGGAAAAGGCCGAAGCAAGGGAAAGGUUUGGGAGAAGGUUGCUUGGUUUACAAGGAAAUCAAAGAGUAGAGAGCAAUCUGAGCAUGCCGCCCUGCCAGAUGACCUGGAGGCGGUCCUUCCUGUAGACAUGGAGUGUGACUCCUCUCCAACAACCCCAAAGGAUCCUCCGUCCAUUGAACACUUUGUGUGGUCAGAGAGCAGCUCUUCCUCAGAGUUGGAGAGUCCCAGUAUCAUGCAGAAGUCACAUUCUUAUCCAAAUAGUGAGAUUGUGGAUCAGAGCUGUUUAAGGCCAAGCAUGGCACGUGCUUUGUUUCAACAAAUUGAGGCUGCUAAUUUGUAUCCAAAAGUAUCAAAGCCACCGUGGCAGAAACGACAAAGUUCUUCAAAUGGCAAGAAGAGAAAUAGUGCGUAUGAGAUCAGGAAGGAGGACUACUUGAAUGAUAAUUGGAACAGCCACAGCCGAGAAGAUCUACCGAUGGCCAACUCCAUGCCGCGCCAUUUAGAUAACUCUUACAUCAAACAAUAUAUACACAAACAUUGCCAUUGUUCAUUCUGUUGUGACUGUGAUCAAAGUGUGAAGACUAAUGUGAAUGCAUUGAUUGGUCUUGGUCCGUUACAAGCCCAUUCUCAUUCCUCUACACAUGUAUGCAGCAGCCGCAAUGGUCUAUGCAAGAAGCGACCCAUGGCUCAAGGUGAGGCAGAUUUAGCGUGUGUAUGCAAGAAGCGCUCAAGCUUUAGCAGUUUGGAAGAGCUCUAUAAACGGGAGUACAACAUGGAGACACAUUCUGGUCUAUUCAACAGUUUGCCACAUCACUUCGGUGCAAGUGGACGAUGUGUGUCUGUUCAGAGGUCUGGCACGACACGGUCACAUCUUGGCUUGCGGUCAGAACUGUUCUGCAAUGCUCGGCAAACUGUGUGCAAUGUGAAGGACCAUAAAGACCCCUGCUCCAAUUCCGAUGAAGUGAGUUGUUCGAAUCCAUCCCCGAAGGAUAAAGUGUCUCCUGAAGAGUUCAAGAACAAGCUGAAGAGCAUGAAAGAAUGGUUCAAAGACUUCAAUGAUGAACAGAAGAAUAUAUUGCUCAAAGAAAUGUUGGACGAUUGUGAAUUGCCUCAGAUCCAUCUGCUCUCCAUCAAAAUGGAACCAAGACUCCAUGAGGGUUGUCCUCCGAAUUGCCAAGAUCUUAUAUCCUGGAUGCCGAUCACUAUCGCCCUCUAUAUCCUCUCCUACCUCGACCCAGUGAGUUUGUGUCGUUCAUCGGCUGUUUGUUGUGCCUGGUAUCAACUAGCCAAUGAGCCGUGUCUCUGGCAGAGAUUCUGUUACAGUGUCAAGUGGAGAUUGUCCAGAUCCGGUGAACAGAAACAGCUGUUACAACAUAUCCUGCCUGGUGGAAGUAUUCAUUGGAAGGAGGUGUUUGCUGAACGUUACCGUCUGAGAAACAACUGGUUGACAGGAAUGUGCCAUGUGAGAACAUUUGAGGGUCACACCCAGGGCAUAUCAUGUGUUCAGUUUGAUGAUACCCGCAUCGUAAGCGGAUCUUCCGACAAGACCAUCAAGGUGUGGAAUAUCAGGACAAACACUCCAUGGUCCGUUCAGACAUUGGUCGGUCAUUCAGGCACGGUUCGAUGUCUGCAUCUGGAAGGCAACCGUCUCGUCAGUGGCUCAACAGACACAACCAUCAAGGUUUGGGAUUUAUCUAUGCAACAAAGCUGGUCUAGUAUCGCAUGCAAGGUGACCAUGAUAGGACACACAGACACAGUCAGGUGCUUGCAGGUUGACGAUGAGAAGAUAGUGAGUGGUUCGUAUGACAAGACCUUAAAGGUUUGGGACAUGAGGACUGGAGACUGCAGGAUGACUCUUCGUGGACACAACGGAGCAGUUCUCUGUGUUCAGUUUGAUGCAGAGAAAAUAAUAUCAGGCUCGAGUGAUAACUCCAUCAAGGUUUGGAACUUUGAAGGCCUCUGUGUGAUGAGUCUGUCGGGUCAUCACGAUGCAGUGACGUGUCUUCAGUUUGACAACACGAGAAUCAUCAGUGGAUCACUUGAUUGUAAUCUGAAGUUCUGGGACAUUGUCACUGGGCAAUGUAGCAAUACUAUUGAUUGGAAGGCAUCAGAAGGCCAUACAGGAGUUGUUAGAUGCCUGCAGGCUGACAGCUGGCGGGUGGUGAGUGCCUCUGAUGACAAGACAUUGAAGGUUUGGAACCUGGAGACAGGGAAGAGACUGACGACGCUCAAGAAUCAUACAGAUGGUGUCACAUGUUUACAGUUCAAUGAUAGCAUCAUAGUAUCAGGAUCUUAUGACAAGACAGUAAAACUAUGGGACUUUAGCUGUUGUUAGUGAGGACACAGACAAUGUGUUCCUUACACAAACAGGUUUAUCAAGUACGGAUCACAAUCCCAUGACAGAGAAAUCACUUUCAAAUUAGACUGUGUAUGGUUUACGAUGUAACUGGUGGUGGUGACAGAAACACCUCUGAACGAGAUUCCCUGAAUGUGAUUUCAGGGUCUGGAUUUAGACACUACGGGUGAAUGUUGUGAGUGUUAUGCGUGAGAAACCUUUCAAUACAUUGUGAAACCUUGUACUAGAAAUGGGUUUUAUCUCGGUGAACACAGAAACGAAGAUACAGCUCGUUCAGAAGUUCAACAUUUUCAAAGUCAAAUUUUUUUUCAUAAGUCAAAAAUUUUCAAAGUCAAAUUUUUUUCACAAGUUCAAAAUUUUCAAAGUCAAAAAAGUUUUGGGACUGAUGAUGUUUAUUCAUUUUGAGCAGAAAAAAAAUCAAGUGAAAAAAAUAUUUAGACUUCGAAAUUUUCACGAAAAUAUUCUAGCAUUUUUUGUAUACAUUUUGCUGGCAUAUUCACUUACAAAUAAUUCUAAUAUUCAAUAUUAAGCAAAUUUUAAUAUAUGUUUACUCUGGACAUUUUUCAGUUAAUUGUGGUGUUUUCACUGUUCUGAUAGUAAUGGGGAUUUCUCCAGCAGUACCUUCCUCUGAACUUGAGAUUUUCAUCUGAUUCUUCUUUUCUGUGUCUCACUGUUUGGGUCAAAAAUACAUAGUUUUUACUUGACGAAACCUCUUUUGAGGGGAAUAAUGGUAAUUCAUGAGGGGCUUCGCGUCCAGAUUUCAUUAAAAGAAAAACAAAUGCUCAAAUACUAGCAAUUGAUACUAUAUGUUCUAAAAAGAACAAAAAAAAGGCUUGGUGUAGCUCCUGUUUUUAAAGCAUUCUGGAUCACAUAUCUAUUCAUAUUGUCUAAUUGUUGAGUGUAAAGAGUCUAAAGUGAAUUUAUAACACUGCUGUUUUAUCUCUUCAUUUAUAGCACAUUUCAUAAAACAAGAACAGAAUUCUUUCAAUGUUCACAAAUCAAGCUAGGACAGCUUUCAGUUGACUUUGGAUUUAGUUGAAUUCAGUGACACUAGGUGUCAGCACAAGCUCCUGAUCUUGUUCUGGAGUUGGGAGUAUUCGAUUCAAUUGUCCAGCUUGACCCUUUCCAUUUUGUUUUUUUCAUUUGUUGAUUUGGCUUGUUCAAAGAAAUGUAUUUUGCACUGGUUGCAGAAGUACUGUUGUAUUUUAUUGUAUAUUAGUAUUUUGUUUCAAGUUUUGCUGCUGCAAGUGAAUGGUGAUCACUUAUUGCUAAUUGCCAAGAUUUUUGUAAUCAGGGAUGUAAUGACAUAGUGACAGUAGGCUGCAGCCUAAAACUCUAAACAUUAUGUAACAUUUUGUUGUUUUCCUGGAAAUAGUCGGUAGACAGUGGCCACAAUCACAGCAGAGAUACAACUUCCUUGCAUUAUGUGUUUGAACCGCAUGGUGCUAGAAUUUUCCAGGGUGACAUCAGAAAUGGGCUUGCUUUGAAUGUGCUUGGGAUUGCUACCUCUCCAGCACAAUACAGAUCAACUGGAAAACCUUAGCAAUCAUAUUUCAAAUGCAAAUGUGCUGUGAAUUCACACAGGAGCCGUCACAACUUACAAGUUGCUUGGGAUAUCCACCUCCACUUCUGCAAGUUCAAAUCAGUGCCCCUAUUCAGUGCCAUUAUAUGUACUGUGAAGUCCAUCAGGAGCCGUCACAGCUUUUGUCUAUACAGGAUCUACAUCACCACAGUUCCUGCUAUCAAGUCAGCGGUGGUGACAGCUCCAGACUGAUUUUACUGUCCUCUUAUUCCACUGUCGCUAUACAGCAUUAUUUACAUAGUUUUGCUUUUGAAGUGUUUUGUAUUAGAACAUUGUGUAUAAUAAAAUACUGAAAUG